GAUCCCCUUUAUAAGAGCAAGUCAUCAUGGAUAAAACCUACCGCGCAACUAAUGAGUUUGUCAAAACUAGAGGUGGUGAUAAAGAGCUGAAAGAUAUAAGGAGACAGGAGGAGGCGCUGAAACAGCAGAAAAAAGAAAGAAAAGCGGAAUUAGACGCGAGAAAAAAGACGAGGGAUAAUAGUUUCUCCCUUUCCGUAAGCAAGAGAACAGGGGAAGUGGGGUUUAAAUCCAAAACUGGGAGUGGAAAAAAACAAUACACUGAAUUAGUUCCCGGCAAGAAAGUUGACAGACGCGGUGAGAACUCGGAGGAUGACUACGGCUCCGGGGAUGAUUACGGCUCGGGUUAUGGUAGCGGAUCGAACUUCGAUGAGCCAGAGGAAUAUGAUGAAGGUGAAAUUCCAGAAAAGAGACCAGGGAAAGAUGAGCCGAAGCCCACUAGUCGUUCCAAAACUCAAAGUAUACGGAGUGAACAACGAGGAAAUUCAGUUGCUCAAGCUAGCGGAUCAAGAAGUGGAAGAAAAGAUCAUGGAUCUACAGGAUAUGCAUCAUCAAUAACAACAGAGUCAACUCUGGUAGCGGAGAAACCUGAGAAAUUAUUAUUAGGGUGGAAAGAUCGAACAGCGUGGCAAUCUGAUGUUGCCCCAAGUGAAAGUCAGAGACGAAGCAAGCAUAGCAGCAGACCAGAGGAAAAUCCGAAGAAGCACGAGACGCUUGCCGAAAAUAUUAGACGAAAUAAUGAAUUUGUUGAGAAAUUGAGGGAAAAAGGCCAUGGUCCUGCCGCUGAAAAUUACCAGGCCUCUGAGUACUCCGCUGUACCAAGCGUUACAGAGAGCAGGGUCUCAACUCGUGAGGUCAUCAAGGAUGGAAAACAUCUCUCUCGGAGAAGUACCCAUGGUGAAGAUUCUGGGAGAAGCACGAGGCACAAGGAACCCAGAGAACCCAGAGAACACAGAGAGCACAGAGAACAUAGAGAACCCAGAGAGCACAGAGACAGAGACAGAGAACACAAAGACAGAGACAGAGAACAUAAAGACGGGGAGAGAAAGCAUAGAAGUAAAGACCACGAAAUUCCCUUGAGAAUUAAGGAUACCGAGUCCGAUGGUCGCGGACCACAUAAAAGUAGCAGACGCAGCGCCCCUGAAAGUGAAGCAGGUUCUACGACGAAAAGUUCUACGACAAGAAGUUCUACAACAAAAAGUUCAAGAACUACAAGUAAUCGGAGUUAUGAUGAGGAACCUGAUUCCGGAUCCGAGACCGAGACUGAAAAAAGAUCUCGUGACAAGCGUUCACAUGGAAGGUCUCGAAAAGCUGAAUCCGAAUACUACAGUACCAGGGCCACGUCCCCCACUAAUGCAAGUCAAGUAAGUAGAAAUACAGCAGUCAGAAAGAUAAAAGGGCCAGUGGAUGAGGGCGAACGAAGAAGGGAUUGAUUGAACCAUAUUGCGGUCCAGAAGAAUAAAACAUUAAAACA